AUGAUACGUCUUUUGGAUCUCCCGAAAGAGAUCUUGUUCAAGAUAUUUGAUCCCCUUGACUUUGAAUCAAUCCAAACCCUUUACAGCAUUCCCCAAUUUGAACAGAGUUUACAAGGUUUUGCUACUGUUGUUUCUGAUCUUGAUGAAGCUGCUGCAACUAGUUGGAUAUCUCCAUCGUGUCCAUAUGUUAACUUUAAGGAAUUAGGAGUGGAUGAAGUCAAAUCCCAUCAUGUGUUUUAUGUUCUUGAAAAUUGUUUAGACUCAGAGCUGGUUCAAAAAAUCAUUUUAAAUCAAGAUAGGCCCAAUACAGUUAUCCUGUCCAAUAAGCUGAUGAAAUCCGUCAAUAAUGGCUCUCUAGACCAGAGGAAAAUCCAUUUGUACGAUUAUGCCCUUUUUUUGAAUUCAAGUAAAGGUCCAGCCGACCCUGAAAAAGCUGCUGAGUAUUUUGAAUCAGAUGCUUAUCACAGAUAUAAGGAAGUAUCUUACGAGAACAUAAAAAAAUUAAUCGCACUAUCAACUUCAUCAAAGUUUUUGGAAUCUGUCGAGUGUCCAUAUGUGGAAUGUGUUGAGUUGAGGUUUUUGGAGUUCGAUGCAAUGAAAUUUAGAACUCCAAACGUCAAAGAGAUGGUCUUGUUUCGCUGCAUUAACACAAAUAGCUCAGCAAAACUGAGCUUUCCUGUUUUAGCUGAAGUGACUUUUGAUAUGUUUUGCAAGAGUUUUAUUGAUUGUAUGGAUUUGGAGAAUUGCCCUGCUGAAAGUUUGACAGUAGAAGAGGGUGAUAUUGUGAAGUGGGAAAACUUGGUAAUUGGUAAAGCAAAAAGAAUUUCUAUUUCAAUCAUGGAUGCAACAGGACCUCCACAUGGCUCAUUGAGAAAUGUAAGCAUUCCCCGUUGUGAAGAUUUGACGCUGCGUGGGUUUACAAAUGUUUUCAAUGUUACGGCGCCAUUAGUUUCUAAGCUAAACAUAGAAUCUAAUAUAUUUAUAGGCGAAGAAAAUGAUUUUUCAAUGAGAAAUUUUCAAGCUGAUAAGGUUAAAGCUCUGUCUAUAACGGGUUUUGGUAUUGCUGCGGAAUUUCCCACUGUAUUGUUUGAAAGUGUCGUAAACUUGGAACUUCAUAAUAUCAAGUUUUUGUGCUCUGGGACUUUUCAAAACGUGGAGGAACUGAAGAUAUCUGGUAAAUUGGAAGGAUGUUUUCAAAUGAUUGACACCAAAAAAUUAACGAGCUUGAAGGUAUAUCGUCGUUUCGUCGAAGCUGAGGGGUAUGACACUGAUGAUUUUGACUUAUCGGGGUUCAGUUUUCCAAAACUUGAGAAAGUAGAGGUUACUGAAGAGAAUGAAUUUGAUUUUUUAAAGACGUUAAACGCACCAAAUCUGGAAGAGCUCUCUAUUAAUCGACCAAGGUCAAUUAGUUUCUUGAACAUAUUCUCAAAUGGGUUUGAAAAUUUACAAAAAUUGAAGGUAUCAGAGCCUUCAUUCCCAAUAAUGGAGGACAUAAAGCUUCAAAACCUGCAAGUACUUGAGAUAGCUUUAUAUGACUUUAGACCUUUGAAUAGCUUCAAAAUCGUCAACUGUUACUUCCCAAACUUGCAUUCGUUCUUUUUGAAACCAAGAUUCCCACGGAUAAGUGGUGGCGACAAUUGGAUAGCACCAAGUGGAACUAUAGAUAUUGAAGCACCAAAACUCGAUACGUUCUGCUCCACGUUCCUAAAGAUAGAUCAUUUGGAUCUAACAAAGUUCCCAAAGUUGAUUGAAUUAACGGUGAAUUAUAUUAAAAAAAUAACGUUAGGUGAUGUUGCUCAAAACUUAAGUGCUUUCGAAAUUCAGGGCAAUUCAUUACGUGAAAUGUCUUAUACAAAAGACCCUGAAAACAUACAUCGCUUUGUUAAAAGCUUCACACCAAAACGUCUUAAAAAAGCUUACAAACUUUUUCAGAAUCACUCCAAAGCAAACCAAUUGUUGGUGGUAAAUGCAAUAAUUAAAAAGCGUCGCCAGGAACUUUAA